CACAGCACGCGAGAUACAGCAGAUCCUAAUCUGUGCCAAGAGCCGCACUCCCUUCACCAAAGAGAAAAGAUUCGUCAUGCAAGCGCCAGGCGUCGUGGCGGCCCAGCCGCAGGGGAUCGUGCUCCAGCAGGUGACCACUGUCGAACUGGCCAGCGCCUGGAGCACCGGCCUCUUCGACUGCUGCGCUGACAUGGGCAUCUGCUGUCUGGGUACCUUCUGCAUCUCUUCUCUGGAGUGUCGGACCGCCUCGGAAUUUGGGGAAUGCUGCUGCCUGCCUUGGCUGUGUCCAAUCUCCACGACUUUGAGGACUGCCAUAAGAGAAAGAUACAGGAUCCCGGGCUCCAUCCUGGAAGACUUCUUUGUGUCCCUAUUCUGCAACGUCUGCAGCUGGUGCCAGAUGGCACGAGAGUUAAAGAACCGAAGACAGACCACCACCACCACCACCACCACCACUUACACAGCGGUGCCACAGAUGUAGGCUUCCAAGAACCCUGUGUGGAAUGCAGAUUGGAUUAUAUGAAGUUUGAGAACUGGAAAAAACUCAAUGUUUUGCUAAAUAAAUGUGUUCUGAGUUCAA